GGACCCCAGUGUAGGGGCGCGAGGUGCUGGACGCCUUCCUCCCUGUGUCUGCAGGGCAUGUUUUGUGGGGUUAUUUGAGGGUUUGCUGUCUCCCCACCAGACAUGAGGUGAGGUGGGGGCAGAGUCGGCAGCCUGGGACCUUGCUAAGGUCCCCAAAGCACGGGAGGAGCACCCCGAGGGGGUGGGGGACAGGUUGGGGGGCACCCCUGCUACCCAAAGUGGGGGAGCACGCAGGCACCAGGACCCUGCAGAUGCUCCAUGUUGCCCGACUCAGCCUCCUGGCCCUUUAUGCGUGACGAAGCGUGACGCGAUGUGACGUGGCGCGACGUCUUCCCCACAGCCACCCCUUUCUCCUUCCACUGCCGCCAUUCCCCCCCUCCAACCCCACUGCAGGGCCUGGCCCCACCGCCAGCCCCUCGCAUCCCAGUGCCCCCUGAUCCCCCCCCGACAGGGGACCCCAUCCCUCCGCCCCCCCCGUGCUCGCACACACAUGGGCACACGCACGCUCCCCAUCUCCGUGCCACAUGAGGGUACACGCGUGUGUGGGGCAGCGGUGCUGGCCGUCUGCAGCCACCCCACCUGGGGCUCAGCUGUCCCCAAGUGUCCCCCCACCCUUCUGUGCCCAUUUGUGCCCCCCCACCUCGUGGCCCCAGCACCCAUGAGUAGGGGCUCUGGGACGAGCCCACCCAGGGAGACCUCACUGCACCCCCCAGGGACACGGGAGCCCCUCGGCACCCUGGCUGCUGGAGGGGCUCGGUGACACCGGGCGUUGGCGGCAGGAGGUCGCCAUGGUGAUGUUUGUCCCACCCCUCAUGUCCCCGUUGGGACCCCUCAAGAGACCACUAGGACAAGCCCACCCAGGGGACACGAGAGCCCCUCAGCACCCCUGCUGCUCAGUCCCACCAGGUGUUGGUGGCAGAAAGUGGCCAUGGUGGGGUCAUGUCCCCCCCGUGUCCCCAGUGGGACCCUCCCAGGGGACACCAGGAUGAGGCCAACCAGGGAACAUGGGAGCCCCUUGGCACCUCCGCUGCUGGCGUUGGUGGCAGGAGGUGGCCGUGGCGGGGUCUGUCCUCCACUGUGUCCCCUCGGAGCCCCCCCAGGGCCCCCCCUCUAGUCCAGCCCCGCUGUCUCCGUCAGUCAGCGCUGGCCCCGCUCCCGCAGACGAAGAUGGAGGGCCCCGCACUGCUCCAAGUCUGGGUGCUGGCAGCUGUGGCCCUGGGGGGGUCCUGGGCCACCCUCCCCGACCACCACGUCCUCCCCGACCACCGCGUCUCCUCCGAGACUGGAGCCGUCUUCGUCCAUGAGCUGGAGCAGGAGCUGUUCCAGGAGGCCUUCUUUGACGGGCAUGAGGAUGACGACGUGGCUGCCCCCAUCACCUUCCACGCCCACCUCCGGGACCACCCCGACCUGCCACGGUGGCUGCGGUACAUCCAGCGUGACCCCCACCAGCCAGGCUACCUCUACGGCUGCCCCACGGCCACCGAGGUGGGCACCCACACCAUUGAGGUGCUGGCGUACAACCGGCAUACCUAUGGGACAGCGUCGCAGCGCCUCAUCAUCACCAUCACCCCGGCUCCAGAUGGGGAGCCACCGUACCAGGGUGAGUUCCUGGUGGGCAACCGGAACGUGGAGGAGUUGCUGCCAGCAGCCGUGCAGGAGACCUUCCUCCAGGUCACAGCUGGCGUCUGGGAGCGAGAUGACCUCCGUGUCAUCAACAUCACCUCCGCGCUGGACCGUGGUGGCCGCGUCCCGCUGCCCAUAGAGGGACGCAAGGAGGGGGUGUACGUGAAGGUGGGCUCCUGGGGCACCUUCUCGCCGUGCCUGGUGUCGGCCGCCUCGCCGCAGAGCCGCUUCCGCUGCAGCCUGGGCCAGCAGCCCCUCGCCUCCUGCUAUGACACCUUCGCCCCCCGCUUUGCCAUCCACUGGUGCAACCUCACCCUGGUCUGGCCCAGCCCCACGGCACCUGGGCCGGUGUGGGGUUCCGGGGUGCUGGAGGAAGAGGGGAAUUUCCAGCCACCCACCGAGGCUCCCCCCCAGGACCUGCUGCCCGGGUACCUGGUGACGCUGCUGGUGCCGCUGGCAGUGGCCGCGCUGCUCUGCCUGCUCCUGGGCCACCUCAUGUGCUGCCGCAGGGAGGGAGUGGCAAAACGGGACCUGGCAACAUCUGACAUCCAGCUGGUCCACCACACCACCAUCCACGGUGACACGGAGGAGCUGAGGCACAUGGCUGGCAGCCGUGAUGUCCCACGGCCCCUUUCUACCCUCCCCAUGUUCAACGUCCGGACGGGUCAGCGCAUCAACCCCAUGCCCGGUUCCUCGGAUGGUGCCCGUGUCCCCCUCCUCUCGCAGUGACCCAGGUGGGGGGGACCCAGGUGACACCAGGAUGACACCGAGGGGAACAAUCCCAGGGAUGGGGAUGGGUGAGAUGGUGUCACGAGGCUUUUGGGGACACUUUGCAAGGGACAAAAGCCUAGCAGCGGGCAGAGCCCAGGCAGAUGGGCAAUCUCCUGGACUGCCCACUGCCAGGCCAUUGCUUGGAGCAUUUGGGGGGUACAAAUAGUGAGACUCUGUGUGUGUGUGUGUGUGUGUGUCACAUCAGCAUCCGUAUGCAUCAGUGGGGCAAUGCAGAACACCUGCAUCCAAUUCCCUUCCCCUCUUCUGUACCACCUGGCCCGAUGAAACCCUGAAAUAAGGGCUGUGGGAGUACCACAGCUUUUUUGGGGGGUGGAAUAAGCUCUUUUCUUCUCAUUUUCCAGGUCAUGCAGUGGCCCCAUUGCUGUCACCCCCUCCAGGGGUCACCCUCCAGGGGGUGACUCUGCUGAGGUCCCUGCUUUGGGGAGGGGGCUGUGGGGUGGCUUUGGGCUGAUAAAGUGGCUGUUCGGUGAGAUCUACUUUAUUCCACUUUAUUUUUUGUUCUCUGCAAGCGUCCCAGCCCAGCUCUGGUGGCUGCAGUGGUCAGGGUGGGGGUAGGGGAGGUUUUGGGGUGCAGCACACAGCUGAGCUGCUUCUGGGUACAAAGACUGCAUCGAGUUUGCCAGUUCUCUCUGCUCCAGCCAGCCCCAAAACUGGAUGUGCUGUGGGGCUGGGGGGUUGCUGAGUGCCAUGGGGCUGGGGUCCUGCAGGGGGGCAGUUCCUGCUCUGCCCCCCUCUGCUGGGGGAUCCUACUUGCCUCCACCCCCCUCUUCAGCUGCUUUGCUCCAUCUGGGUGCCCCGCUUGCACCCACUCCCACACUACUUCAUCCUUGCACCCCCAAAGACUUGCACCCCACAGAGGGGCUGGGGCUGACCCUGCUGCUGGCCCCCAGCGCCAUGGAAGGGAAGGGGCUUGUGGAGAGUGAGAUGGGGAUGGGAACAAAAGGGAGGCCCUCAGUCCCAUAGGCUUGCGAUGACACCCCAGGGCACCCCGAUACCCCCCGGCUUACCUGGGUGCCGGUGUCCAGCUGGAUCUUGCCCGGAUCCCCCGGCUGCUCUGGCCACUCACCCCUUCCACC